CAUGCACCAUAGUCAUCAUACAGUUAUGUCCUCUAGACUUCGAGUCCGAGCGAGUCGCGGCGUUGUCGGGCGCUUACCACUUCCCGGGGUCGAGCUUUCUCAAGAGGUUUCAGGCCAGUAUGGACUUACCAGUACCUCUUUUUUUGACGUUCACAGUGCUCUCGGUGCAGUAGGAAUGCAUUUAUGGCUGUAGCGUGAGUAUUGCGUGAGUUCCGGAGGAUAUGGAGGAGGCGGAGGACGAGCGACGCGAUGUGGCUGAGGCGCGUCGUGCAAAAUGCUCGGCCUCGGACUAUCGGGCAACC